GGCGCACAAACGCACGCGCGUGGGGAGGACCGCGUGACCAGUUAUUUGUUUCAGUGGCUCCGCGCGGCGUCGCUUUGUUUGUGUUAAAAGGUCACACUUUUUGCUUCGUUUGUUGAUGGUACUUAAUCCUGACAGCAAAACAGAUUCCCCAUUGCAAGUUAUUGGAACACCAUCCAAGUUGCACAUGUAGUAGGGAUCACCUUGUCAACUCAGCUGAUUGUGUGAACCUCUGCCACACUGCCUCACUUCUCCUGCUGCUUGUAGUUGUACAAGGUGGCCUGGUCUUACAGUUUUAUAACCAUGUCUAUGUGUGAUGAUUUCAUGAUAUGCAACUACAACAAAUGCAGAACCAAGCUGUCUGGGUAUGCAUGGGUAACAGCCUGUUCACACAUCUUUUGUGACCAGCAUGGAUCAGGAGAAUUUAGUCAGUCACCAGCAGUGUGUCCAGCAUGCAACAAUACCCUGACUGGCAAGCUAGAUAUUGUUCGGGUUGAGUUAAAUCCUUCUGAUGAAUACAAGGCAGUAGUGCUUGCUGGGCUCAGACCAGAGAUAAUCCUGGACAUCAGUUCUCGAGCUAUUACAUUUUGGACAUACCAGAUUCAUCAGGAGCGCUUAUAUCAAGAAUAUGUGCAAAGCAAGGCAGAAGGAAAGCUUAAGCAAAUGGAAAAAUUUUACACCCAACACAUGCAAAGUAAAGAUGCAGAGCUGGCAUCAGUGAAAGGAGAACUAUCCUCAAUAAAGAAGGUCCUUGAGGAGUACAAACGCAAGUACAGUGAGGUUUCUGAAAAACUGAUGGAACGCAACCGUCAGUAUCAAAAACUACAAGGUCUUUAUGAUAAUAUGCGGCUUCGAAACAUGGUAGUGAAUAAUCAGGAGGCAGAGAACUGCCUUUCCAGCCACUUGUUCACAUUUAAUCCUGGUCAGAUGAACUGCCAUACUCCAAAAUCUACCCCAGUCAGAGGCACUGCUGUUGAUCCCGAAAUACGGCAAAUGUUCUUCAGGUCACCAGCAAAAGACAAUGAUAAGACAGAUGGAAGGAAGGCAGCUUUUUUCCAGUUUGGUUCACCUAAUAACAACCAAGAGCUUUGUGGAUGUAAAGGCAAUACCUUUUACAGCAAAAAGCAUUAGACUGUUUCAUCCUGGGUUACUUCAUUUAGGUAAUAUUUUGGUUGUGAUGUAAACAAAACCUUUAGCUUUCCUCAAAUUACAAAAAUCUAUUUGAUUAGAACGGGGAAUGACUUGCACUGAAAAUCAUUGAUAAAUGUGAAAUGCCUAGUUUGUGUUGUUUUGUUUAACGUUUUUAUGGAGUAAUCUGCCAGAAUUUAAAAUAUCGUCACAACUUUACGUAUGCUCAUCUUUUGAACAAAUCUGUUUAUAUAUUUUGUGUCUUUUCAAUACACGUGAGGGAGGUAAAAGUAUUUGUGCUGCAUGUGGAGAUUACUGUAUUAAAAGUGUGAGUUUCACCCAGUGUGCUGUUUAUGUACCUAUCUACUGAUCCAACGCAUCAAUGUUUGUUAAAAUAAUAAGGCUCUCGUUUCACUUGCAGUCCUCCUCACCAACAUGAUUAAACUUAACUGAAAUCUUCAGCAGAAUUAAAUACCUUUUCAUGAAAUAUUUAAUAACUACCAAUCAUUUCAUGUAGUUAAUACAGUAGCUUCUUGUUUUUGUUUUGCUUUUGUUAGGCGUAUACAAUAUAAUUUCCUGGGCUUUACUGAAGUUGAUACAAAUCAUUUAAAAACAGUUAACCUGACUGGAAGUUUCCCCUAAAAUCAAAUUAUAACAUGGAAAUUUUUUCAUCAUAGUUUU